AUGGCUCCAACAACGCAAACCCCACCACCUCGGGACAAAAAACGACGGAUCGCCGUAAUGACUAGUGGUGGGGACUCACCCGGUAUGAACGCAGCGGUGCGAGCCGUCGUUAGAUUCACCAUCGAGAAAGGCUGUGAAGCCUAUUGUGUGUACGAAGGAUACGAAGGCUUAGUAAGAGGAAAUGAUUUAAUCCGCAAAAUGACCUGGCUAGAUGUCCGAGGCUGGCUUUCAGAAGGGGGGACUCUGAUUGGCACAGCAAGAUGCAUGGCUUUCUAUGAACGCUCUGGAAGACUUUUGGGAGCUAAAAACUUAAUUCUUAAUGGUAUCGAUGCUCUCAUUAUCUGCGGUGGUGACGGCUCCUUGACCGGAGCAGACAGAUUUAGGGCGGAGUGGCCCAGUCUACUGAAAGAAUUGGUCCAAACUAAAGAAUUAACUCAAGCACAAGUCGAACCAUUUCAACAUCUUAACAUAGUUGGAUUAGUUGGUUCUAUAGACAACGAUAUGUCUGGCACAGACGCUACAAUUGGUUGUUAUUCAGCUCUAGGUCGUAUUUGUCAGAUGGUGGAUUAUAUUGAGGCUACAGCAUCAUCACAUUCAAGGGCCUUCGUUAUUGAGGUUAUGGGAAGACAUUGUGGAUGGUUAGCUCUUAUGGCCGGUGUUGCAACAGGUGCAGACUUUGUUUUCAUCCCUGAGAAACCCAGCCAGGGAAAUUGGAAGGAAGAAAUGCGCAAGAUAGUAAAAAAGCAACGAGAAUAUGGAAAAAGGAAGACGAUAGUAAUUGUAGCAGAAGGCGCUCAUGAUCUUCAAGGCAGCAAAAUAUCACCCGAAAUGAUAAAGGACCUUCUUUCCGAGAAAAAUGGCCUCGGGUUAGAUACACGGAUCACAACACUUGGACAUGUGCAAAGAGGUGGACAAGCAUGUGCAUUCGAUAGGUACUUAGCCACAGUUCAGGGUGUUGAAGCUGUGAAUGCAGUUCUUGAUGCUACACCGGACACACCCACCCCAUUUAUCGCUAUUACCGAAAAUAAGGUCACGCGCAAGCCUCUUGUCCAGGCAGUUCUUGACACGAAGGAGGUCGCGAAAGCCAUAGAAGCCCAGGAAUUCGACAAGGCCAUGGGCCUACGCGAUACUGAGUUUAUCGACCUGUAUAAUUCCUAUAUGACAACUACGGCAUCAGCCUUAAAUUCUCACUUAUUACUCCCUCCGCAAAAGCACAUGCGAAUUGCUUUUAUCCAUGUUGGUGCUCCUGCUGGUGGUAUGAAUGCAGCAACUCGAGCCGCAGUUGCAUAUUGCUUAACUCGCGGUCAUACUCCCGUUGCCAUUCAUAAUGGCUUUGCCGGAUUUGCCCGCCAUCAUAGUGACCAGCCACUCGGUGCAGUACGCGAUUUUGACUGGCUGGAAGUUGACAGUUGGGCCAGUAAAGGUGGCUCCGAAAUCGGCACUAAUCGCGAACUUCCAUCUGAAGCCGGAAUAGAUAAAGUCGCCUCCUUAUUCGAAUUAUAUAAGAUUGAUGGUCUCUUCAUCAUUGGUGGAUUUGAGGGUUUCCAUGCUCUAUCACAAUUACGUAUUGCUAGAGAAAAGUAUCAGUCACUCUGCAUUCCUAUGACUUUGCUCCCUGCUACUAUUUCAAAUAACGUUCCAGGAACAGAAUACUCUUUGGGAUCUGACACUUGUCUAGAUGAGUUGGUCCGUUAUUGUGAUACAAUCAAACUAUCUGCAUCUGCAACACGCCGCCGAAUUUUUGUAAUAGAAACGCAAGGUGGUCGUUCGGGUUAUAUUGCUAUCCUUGCUGGUCUUGCGGUCGGUGCCUCGGCUGUCUAUACUCCCGAAGAAGGCAUAAGUCUUGAUAUGCUGGCAGCCGACGUUAAGUACCUUAAGGACGUAUUCCGACAAGAUUCGGGACAUUCUCGUUCAGGGAAACUGAUUCUGGUCAACGAAAAGGCUAGUCCUGUUUACAAUGCUAAGCUGAUUGCAGACAUAAUUCGCGAUGAAGCGGAAACUCAUUUCGAGUCACGUGAGAGUAUUCCAGGUCAUGUACAGCAAGGCGGGGUUCCAUCUCCCAUGGACCGUACGAGAGCCGUUCGUCUUGCUAUCAAAUGUAUGGAACAUCUUGAGAAAUAUGAAGGUUGCUCAAGGGAGAAAAUACUGAAUGACCCACUCGGAAGUUCUGUUAUCGGAAUAAAGGGUGCUAGUGUAGUAUUUAGCUCCAUGAAAGACGUCGAAGAAAAAGAAACUGACUGGCCAAAUCGAAGACCUCGCAACGAACAUUGGUUAGGGCUCACAAAAAUCGUUGACACCUUGUCUGGAAGAUCUAAAAGUGUAAGGCCGCAAAAAGCAACAGUAAGCAAGGAAGCGGUUCAACCUAAACCAAAGUAG